GCCAGGCGCACCCAGACGCUCUUCUGCUCCAGCCCUCGUCGCCCGGUCAUGGGUCUCGGGCGCGAGGCCACCCUGUCUGCGGCGUGACGGGCGGCUCAGACGGUCACCAUGGGCCAGUGCUACUACAAUGAGACCAUCGGCUUCUUCUACAACAACAGCGGCAAGGAGCUCAGCUCCCACUGGCGGCCCAAAGAUGUGGUUGUGGUGGCACUGGGGCUGACUGUCAGCGUGCUGGUGCUGCUGACCAACCUGCUGGUCAUCGCGGCCAUCGCCUCCAACCGUCGCUUCCACCAGCCCAUUUACUACCUGCUUGGCAACCUGGCCGCAGCUGACCUCUUUGCCGGUGUAGCCUACCUCUUCCUCAUGUUCCAUACAGGCCCGCGCACAGCCCGGCUCUCACUUCAGGGCUGGUUCUUGCGGCAGGGCCUGUUGGACACGAGCCUGACGGCGUCCGUGGCCACACUCCUGGCCAUCGCUGUGGAGCGGCACCGCAGUGUGAUGGCUGUGCAGCUGCACAGCCGCCUGCCCCGAGGCCGGGUCAUCAUGCUCAUCGUGGGCGUGUGGGUGGCCGCGCUGGGCCUGGGGCUGCUGCCCGCCCACUCCUGGCACUGCCUCUGCGCCCUGGACCGCUGCUCGCGCAUGGCCCCCCUGCUCAGCCGCUCCUACCUGGCCGUCUGGGCCCUGUCCAGCCUGCUCGUCUUCCUGCUCAUGGUGGCUGUCUAUACUCGCAUCUUCUUCUAUGUGAGGCGGCGGGUGCAGCGCAUGGCAGAGCAUGUCAGCUGCCACCCCCACUACCGUGAAACCACGCUCAGCCUGGUCAAGACUGUUGUCAUCAUCCUGGGGGCGUUUGUGGUCUGCUGGACACCGGGCCAGGUGGUGCUGCUUCUGGAUGGUCUGGGCUGCAAGUCCUGCAACGUCCUGGCUGUGGAGAAAUAUUUCCUACUCCUAGCCGAGGCCAACUCGCUGGUCAACGCUGUGGUGUACUCAUGCCGAGAUGCUGAGAUGCGCCGCACCUUCCGCCACCUCCUCUGCUGUCUGUGCCUUCGCCGGUCCACCCACAAGUCUGUUCGCUACACAUCCUCCACCCAGACAGGCCCUAGCACUCGCAUCAUGCUUCCUGAGAAUGGCCAUUCCCUGAUGGACUCCACCCUUUAGCUAACCUUGGACUUCAGCAGGGUACAGCAAAUGCCAGAGCUCUGCCCCUGGCCACUUGUGGGUGCGCCCGGCUCUACCCAAUCUGCGGGCCAGACUUAAAGGCAGACCCUCAGUCUGGCUUGGCAUGAAACCACUGCCAGCCCUACCCAGGCAGACAACUGUGCCCAUCUCAGGGCCUGUAGGUUGGGGUCAUCUAAGCACCUGGGAGAGAGUUGAACGGGGUGCAGGAAUCUGGCCCUUCAGUCAUCUCAGGUUGCAGGGCUUUUUAACGGACACUUUUCUGUUUUUACUGCACAUGCCUGGCAAGCCCUGUGGACUGCUUCCUCGUCCACGGUGGCGUGGGUAAUAAAGGUGGGAGAGAUGAGGGCCCCCUCAGGCCACGCUGCCCAGUGCAACAGGGUAACAAGGAUGGACCAUGGGCGCCCCAUCUGCCUGAGGCUGAUUGUUUAGGCCACAGACUGAGGAGUGCUGAGCGUGAGCUGGGAAAGGUUUAUGGCCUCUGGCAGCCUCCAGUGGUCUUGCCUAUCCCCACAAGAGUUAAGGGGGUCUACAAGGAGGGGGUCUAUAAAGAGUAAACCUUUCCGCUCCGAGGUCUCCAAA